AUGAAAAGAUGUAUUAUAAACAUAAAAUUAUUGAUUUAUAUUAUAUUGCUCCAGCAGUGGAAGGCUCUAGAAUCUCUUCCAACUUCGUCAAGUAGUGAUAAAUCCCCUGCCCCUUCUAAUCCUAGCGGAGGUCAAUCCUCCACACCUCGAUCUCAAAAUCAAACUUCCUCUAGUUCAACACAAUCACAAUUGAGAACAUCCACAAAUAAUUCAACUAGGACUAAUUCCAGUGUAAAUCAACAAAAUCAGUCACCUAAAUCUCCGUCUCAGUCACAAUCACAAUCACAAUCGAGUUCAUCCAUAAAUUCUGUAACAACUCCAACUGGUACCCGAUCGGAUCAAUCUCAGGUUACCAAGAUCACAGUUGAUAUUGAUAAGAAGUCAAGUACCAAUGAGUUAGAGUACUCCAAAAAUGAUGAAAUUCAUAAAUACGCUCCUAAGUCUGGUCAUGUAAUCACUAAAGUUACCAAUGGUAGUGCUGUUAUUUGGGAGUCCGAUGAUAAUGUAUAUUCAUUAAGAGUAGCUUUGAACGAUGUCAGUAGUAAUCCUGAGGAACACUUUUUGUCCGUACUUGAUAAUAAUGGUGCACUUUACCUUUUCCAGAAAUCGAGUGAUAAUUCCUGGAAAGAUGUAACUGAAGAUAGAUACUGUCUCUUUAACCUUAAAUUCUUAACAGAUAACGAUGAAGAGAUUGCCAAAGAUAAAUAUUCUUUAUGUAUUUAUUGUUUUACCUAUUCAUGUGCUUUUGAUAAAGGUUCUAAAUGUAGUAAAAUUAAAUAUGACGACCAAAUUAUUUGGAACGCAAACGAUCAUACUGGUUUUGCGCCCAUAAAAGAAGUGUAUUUAUACAUGAUUCCAAUUAAAGCAUUUGUGAGGGGUAAUAAGGAUCAAUACAAAAAAUUGGAAUUAAAAAAGUCGGCUCAACCGAAUGAAACUGUUGAUACCGUUGCUAAAGUUACCGAUGCAUCCGAUACUAAAUCUAGUCCAGCUCCCGUUGCUACUCAAUCAACUCCUACCAGACCGACUACCAGGCUCACCAAUGUCAUCGUCGACAUCGAUAAGAAACAGAACAGUAAUGAGUUUGAUUACUCCAGUGAUGAAAAUUAUCAUACUUACACUCGUAAGACUGGCCACUCAUGCAGUAAGGUAAUGCAGGGCACCAGUCUUAUCUGGGAAUCCCAAGAUAACGCUUGUGGUACGUUGGUCAGGUUUAAGGAACAGAAAUUACUGGUUAUCUUACUUGAUAAUAAUACAUUCAAACUGUUCCAACAUUUAUCGGGCAAGUGGACUGAUAUAACCAAGGAUAGGUAUGAUGUUACCAAAUUGAAACUCCUAGGUGAGGGCGAUAGUGUGCUGAAUUCUUCCAACUAUAAAAUAAAUAUUGUAGACUUGUCAUUUUGCUAUUCACUCAAUCAAGGAAUUAAGUGUGCAGCUGUAAAAUUGGGAGAUGAUGUUGUCUGGAAAACAGGUGACGAUCCGAAGUUUCAACAGAUAAAGACGUUUUUUCUCGGACUUGCUUCAAACAAUUUCUAUGUCAAGAACAUGUCUGAUGAAAUUAAGAAAAUUGAUUUUAAACCGACUCCAGCUACCACUCCUGAGGCUAAACAAACAACUACUGCAACUAUUACACCUACAACAGCUACUACACCUGCUACUCAAACUACAGCACAACCUCAAUCGCAGACUACAGCACGACCUAGAACACAACCUCAAUCACCUACAACAUCACAACCUAGAACACAACCUCAAUCACCGACAACACCUACUACACAGCGCCCUAAAUCAUCAGAAGCUGAAUCUUUAGAGAAGUAUGAACUUCCUGGACUUAAGUUAUUCACGAUGAAUUCAUCUAAAAAAGUGGUAGAACUAGGAAAAUCCAAAUAUCAAAUCACCAAGGAUCGUGAUGAACAUGUAUAUGACUUAAACGACGGUGUAAAAUGUCAUGAAGUUAAGUAUCAAGACAAGACUGUGUGGAAACGUGAGAGUAAUUCUGAUAAAUAUCCUUUGUACAUUGCCUACAAAAUUGAUACUGGUAAAUUUGUUAUUACAUUUGAAGAUGGUUUUAUUGUAUUUGAAUUUGAAGAUGAUAAGUGGAAAGGAAAAGUACAUAGCUUAAAACAAGGAGAGGCACUUCCAGAAUCCAAAGUAAUGACCGCAGUAAAGUCGGCAGUCUUAGACCUCAAUGAUCUGCAAAAUACCAAAAUGUAUGAUAUGGUACAGACUGGUAAUGUACGAACCUUUACCCCUAAGGAAGCUGGGUUUUUUAGUGGAGUAAUAAGGACAACUGGUCAAGACAAAGCUGUCUGGACCGUUAUUUGGCAAAUACAAGGAGAUUUCGAACUUGCAAAUAAGAUUUCAUAUGAAGAUUUUGGCAAGGGAAAACAAAUAUUGAUUUUAGAUACUAGAUCUGGCAUAAAGAUGUUAUACAAACCCAAUCAAAAUGCUUAUUGGAAAGAGGUCGCUGAGCAACCUCAAAACGCUUUUGAAACUAUUGGAGCCGUAACUACUCAAGAAGAAAAGGUUGAUAUGUUUGAAUUGGAUAUCCUUAAGCCUAAGUCCACAAAAGAUUGUGAUUAUACAGAAUUCGAUACUGAAGAACAACCUAAAGAAGAAGAAAAAAAACAAAUUGAAAAUGCUAGAAAAGCCUGGAAGAAAAAAGAUGAUGUAAACCAACAACGUAGACCACCAACUUUUAAAUAUCAGAACUAUGCUGCAAAGCCAAAAAAGGGGAUCUCUAACAUUAUAGAUUCCGACACUAUCGAAAAAGGAGAGGAUGAUGAUGAUCCAGGAUUUGAUGGAUCUAUUUGGAGGCAAGCAAACCUUACCCAGUACGCUACCCAUAUAUGUUUCAGGUAUACACCUAAAAGGUGUCUGGCAGUACUUCUUUCAUCCGGUAAUUUCCUUCUUUAUGAGGAGGAUAAAAAUGAAGAUUUAAAUGAUAUCACUUCAAAAUCUAGAGGUGAAUUCUUCAAACUGGCUUUCUACACCAAAGAAGAAGAUAAUAAAACAUAUCGAAAGUUAAAAAUAGAGGAAAUCACCAGAUCUCUAUUGAAUUUGUCGUACAUAUUCACAUUUGAUAAUAUAGAGUGUCACCGAAUUACCCACGAUAAUAAGACUAUCUGGAGGCAUGGUGUAGAUUCUAACUUUGGAACAUUAAAAUCAGUUUAUUUUCAUCUUCUUGAUUACAAGGUAUCUGUUGAAAACACAAGUGGUGAAAAGAAGGAAUUAGAUAUACAGCAGGUAAAAAACUCCAAAAUUGAUGAUUCAGAUCCUAUAUUACAAGCUCUUAAACAAACGACGGGCGGUUCCAAAGAACAAAAAGAUAGCACCACUGAACCCACCCCAGUCAUUGAAGAUGAAUCAGAGACAGAUAUUCCAGAAGCCGAUCUUACUUCUCUGAAUAUAAACGAUACGAGCAGUUCUUCUAAGUACCAAUGUUCUGACAAUGGAAUUUAUAAAACCUUCACGGCAAUUCAUGGACACGGAUUUAACAAAGUAACGAUUCCAAAAACGUUCGGUUCAGACACUAUAUGGGAAUCAUCUGGAAGUGAUUAUGCAAUCAAGGUUAGAUUAAAGGAAAAUUCAACUGGUGAAAAAUAUAUGGUCUUAUUGUUGGUUAGCAAAAAAUUCAAAUUUUUCUAUUCUUCCGGGAAGAAUAAACCUUUGGCAGAUAAUACGGCUGGUAAGAAGUCUUUUAAUAAUAUAAAAUUGUUCUAUAAAAAUGAAACCAAAUGCAUUUAUGAAGAACUAAAUCCUAGAUUGUAUACCGCAGCUUUAUAUCAUCUAUCACUCGGAUAUAAACCUAAAGAAAGAGUAAAGUUCCAUCUAAUUAAAUUUGGUGAUAAGUAUGUUUAUAGUUAUGAUGACAAUCAAGGAUUUGGUCAUAUGAAGGGUGUGUAUGUUGAUCUCGUAGAAAAUAAUUUGUAUGUUGUUAACACCGAUGAUCAAACAAAGGAAAUAGAUAUCGAGAAAGGAGUCUUAACUCAACCUACGAUAACUCCCGUUAAAACUAAACCAGAACCACCCCGUGUAACAACUCAGCCUGAGAAAGCCAAGAAAACUCCAGUUACACCUCCAGAGACAACACCUUCUGAACCUGAGACUUCCCCAGUACCGGAGGCAAAGGCAUCUCCCGUAACUGCUCCACCCACUACCCUUAUCACUCUUAAUAUCGAUAACACUCAGUCCACCAGUGAAUUUGACUACUCCAAGGAUGAGAAUUAUCAUACAUACACUCCUAAGGAUGAUCAUGUGUUCAGUAAAGUGACCGAGAAAAAUGCUGUCAUUUGGGAGUGGAAAGAUACCAUUUAUGCCAAGUUUGCCAGGAUCAGGCCUAAAGAAAACGAAAAAUACUUAGCCAUACUCCUCACUAACAAUUCAUUUAAACUAUUCCAUCAGUCUCAUGGCAAAACCUGGACCGACAUUACCAAAGAUAAGCAUGAUAUGACUAAAUUGAGGUUUUAUGGUGAAGGUGACGCUGUCCUUAAGUCAACCCAUUAUACAGUUAGUAUUGUAGACUUAUCGUUUAAUUACGCAUUCAACGAAGGAGUUAACUGUAGGAAGAUCAAUUAUGAUGAUAAUGUCGUCUGGAAUCACUCUGAUGAUAAGAAGUUUGAGUUUAUCAAGUCAUUCUCACUGGGACUCGUGUCAAAUAAAUUCUUCGUUAAGAAUAACUCUGGUGAACUUAAGAAGAUAGAAUAUGAGUCUGAGGAGGUAAUUGAGCCUGAAGUUACAAAGGAAGUUUCAGCUCCAGUUACUGUGGAAGCUAAGGAACCUGAGCCAACCGAGGCUGAGGAACCAGCUAAAGAGGCUUCGGAACCUGCCAAAACUACACCCAUUGCCACAGCGGAACCAGUUCUUAAACCAAAACCUGCCACUAACCCUGCCACCCUUGAUAUAGAAAAGACUCAGUCCACAGCCGACUUCGAGUACUCCAAGAACAGUAAUUAUCAUACAUACACCCCUAAGUCUGGGCAUUCAUUUACUAAGGUUACCGAAAAAGAGAAUGUUAUCUGGGAGUGCAAAGAUGGCAUACCUGGGACAUUAGUUAGAAAGAAGAAGGAUGAAUUUUUUGUUAUCCUACUCCAGAACAAUGAUUUUGUACUAUUUCAAAAGACUAAGAAACAGCCAUGGACUGACAUUACUAGCCAGAGGCACAAUGUUACUGCACUGAAAUUCUAUGGUGAAAAUGACACUGAACUAUCUACGUCUGACUAUUUAGUUACCGUGUUUGACUUCACAUACAGAGUCACAUUCAAGGAUCAAAACAGCUGCAAGAAAAUUAAGUACGGAGAUGAUGAGAUUUGGAAAUAUAAAGAUAACGCAUGUAAGCACUUUGAACUAGGUCUUGUUUCAAACAAAUUCUUCGUCUGCAAUAAUGAAAGAUCACAAAACAAUCUAAAUUUCAAAGGACCGAUCAUUCCUCGUGUACCUAAAACGACACCAGUUGAGGUAACUGCUGCUACAACUGUUACUCAACCAAAGACAAGUCCUCCAACAAUUACGCCAACUCCAGCUACAACUGAUACUACAGCUCCAACUCCAACCACUACAUCUGAUACAACUUCUGCUCAACCAAAGGUAACUCCUCCAACACCUGCUCCAGCUACAACUGCCACCACUCCUGAACCAGCUAAACCCUUGCCCGUUGACAAGUCCAUUGUUCUCGAUAUUGAGACCACUACUGGUACCAGUCAGUUUGAGUUUUCUGAGGCUAAUUAUAUUAAGACUUUCAACGGGAAGGACGACUGUGUGUUUGACAAAGUGUCUGAAGGUCCCACGGUGGUUUGGGAAUCAGAGGGUGUGUCUGGUACUAUGGUGAGAACCAAACUUUUCAGUAAUAAUGAUAGAUUUUUGGUCAUACUACUCAAAAAUGAUACGUUCAUGGUGUUUCAAAAACCGUCUGGUGGAGUGUGGAGUGAAAUCACUGGCAGUAGAUGUGACGUUAAGAAGUUGAAGUUCUACGGUGAAAAUGAUAAAGAGAUCACGGCGAAGGAUUAUAAGAUUACCCUUUCCGAUCUUUCAUUCAGUCAUAUGUUCAAGGAGGGAGUCAAAUGUGAGAUGGUCAAGAUGGGUGAAGAAGUUGUUUGGAGCCAUACGGAUGAUAAAAAGUUCGAAGACAUAAUGUCAUUUUCACUAGGCCUCGUGUCAAAUAAGUUUUUUGUCAAAAACAGGAAUGGAGAACUUAAGAAACUGGAACCCAAACCAGUUGUUGAACCCGUUCUAACUAAAGCGGAAUCCGAUAAAGUAACUACUACUGGGCCUAAGCCAGUUGUUAAACCGGUGAAAGAGGAAGUUAAACCCCCAGUUCUUCUGACUGGUCAGGUAACUAGUGCAUUCCAUUCUAAACUGAAACUUUAUGCCUCGGAUCCCGUUGACAGUGGUAAGACCGUUCCCCUUGAGUUUGAGGUGCUUGAUUGUAUGGGAAUAUACAUCCGGCCCAUUUCCUACAUCUCUAUACUUUAA